AUUUAUUAAAUAAAUAUCGCGUGGUUCAGUUAUAAAAGUGCUAUAUCAUGAAUUUAACGAGCAGUAACAACAAUUAUUACUAAUUACAAAGAUUAGAUUAAUUUUAGAUGUCAUAGGUUCUAAAUAUAUAAAAAAAUCACUUCUAAUACAACACAUCAUUUCAUAAUUUUCGCUAGAUAACUGAAGUGUACUCGCUAGAAAAGCUUCUAUAGAAUGGCGGCAAAUCCUAGAAACACUCAAAUUAAAUACACUAAGUUGUUCAUUAACAACGAAUUCGUUGACGCCGAGAGCAAAAAAACUUUUCAAGUUUUGAAUCCGAGCACCGAAAAAGUGAUAGCGAAUGUUGCCGAAGGUGAUAAGGCAGAUGUUGACAAGGCAGUGGCGGCGGCGGAGGCGGCUUUCAAAAGGGGAUCCGAAUGGAGGACCAUGGACGCCUCAGCCAGGGGAGCUUUAAUCAACAAACUUGCCGAUCUAAUGGAAAAAAACAUCGACGAACUUGCCGCAAUAGACACUUUGGAAAACGGAAAAACCUUUGAAAAUGCAAAAAUAUUUACGGAUUUGUCUGUCAAAGCUUUGAGAUACUUUGCAGGAUAUACAGAUAAAAUUCACGGGAAAACUAUUCCGUCAGAUGGACCUUAUCUCUCUAUGACCCGGCAAGAGCCGAUCGGCGUCGUAGCCCAAAUCAUCCCUUGGAACUACGCCAUAUUGAUGGCCGCCUGGAAAUGGGGCCCGGCCUUGGCAGCCGGCUGCACCGUCGUGCUGAAACCGGCCGAACAAACGCCCCUGGGAGCACUGUACUUGGCAGCUUUGGCCAAGGAGGCUGGCUUUCCCAAGGGAGUCAUAAACGUGAUUCCGGGGUAUGGACCGACCGCCGGAAGCGCCUUGUGUUACCAUCCCAGCGUGAGGAAGGUCGCUUUUACCGGAUCCACCGAGGUUGGCCACAUCAUCAUGGAAAGCGCAGCGAAAUCAAAUUUGAAAAAAGUGUCCUUAGAACUGGGAGGCAAGAGUCCUUUGGUGGUUUUCGACGAUGCCAAUGUCGACGAAGCCGUGAAAAUAGCCGCAGAAGCUAUCUUCGGCAACCACGGGCAAAGCUGCUGCGCCGGCUCCAGGACCUACGUGCAAGCGAGGAUCUACGACGAAUUCGUGAAGAAAGCCGCCAUCGCCGCUGAAUCCAUCAAAGUGGGCGAUCCCUUCGACGACGGUGUCCACCAGGGGCCCCAGGUGGACCGAGUGUCGCUGGACAAAAUCCUCUCCAUGAUCGAUUCCGGCAAGAAGCAAGGCGCUAAAGUGGUAACAGGAGGUACGAGGAUCGGAGAUGUGGGGUAUUUCGUACGACCUACUGUAUUUUCCAACGUAACAGACAACAUGACUAUAGCAACAGAUGAAAUUUUCGGUCCGGUGCAAUCGAUUCUGAAAUUCGAUACGUUGGAAGAAGUUAUAGAGAGGGCGAAUAACACCAAAUACGGUUUGGCUGCUGGAGUUGUUACGAAGAAUAUUGAUACAGCUUUGGUGUUCGCUGAAGCUGUUGAAGCUGGAUCGGUUUGGAUCAAUUGCUACGAUGAAGCUAUGGGAGCACAAACUCCAUUUGGAGGAUACAAGCAAUCUGGAAUAGGCAGAGAUUUGGGGAAGGAUUCUCUCAAGGAAUAUUUGGAGGUAAAAAUGAUAUCAAUCAAAUUACCGACGAAGAAUUAAUUGAAGCAAACUUGUACAGAAUAUAAUUAUAAUUUAAUAAUAUAAUACGUGUUAAUACAUAAUGUACAUAUUUAAAAAUUGUAGUAUAUUGUAACUACUUAUCUAAGUGCUUUUGUAUUUUGUAUUACCUACCUACUGUUAUUUU